AUGUCUAAUUGGUUUGAAAGGUAUGAUCAAGAAACAUACCUUACCUAAUUCUAGCAAAUAAGAUAUCAGAAUUACAAUCCAGUAUCUGAGAACAAUACAUUUUAAAGAAGCAAUGCUUUUGACUUAAUAGUUUAGUAAUUCCGCUAGUAUAUUACCAAUCACAUGGAAAUAAAGAAAGUAAUUGAUCCUCUUUCAGAAAUAUGCCUCUCAAGUGUCAUGAAAUAAUUGGAUAUGAUCAAAACUGUAUUUGAAACAGAGGGGCUACUUGGAAUGACUGAAUAAUUUACAUCAUACUGUGAUAAGAUCAUUGACUUUGUAAUUGCUGAGAAAUUUUACAUUUUUACUUGUGUUCACAUGAUAAAUUCUAAUAAUCCUAGAGAUUUUUACCGAGAUAGAUCGUUACUAUCAUCUCUAAGAAUAUUUUAUUUCUUGGCAUCAUUAAAAUAGACUAUUGAAGAGUAAGUGUUUGGAAAAGACCUCAAUCUAGACUCAAUAAAAGAACUCUAGCAAUAUAUGUUGGGUCUAUUCGAGAUAUUGCUGGGGAAGCUAGAAACCUAUUAGUAUAUUAAUCCUAACAUAAUUUAUGUAUGUUAGAAGUCUAAUACUAUGAUGGAACACUUGAUUGAUAAAGAAAUUCAUGGUGAUUCAAUUGUUAAGACUUUAUAAGCUAAAUUCUAAUAGAUUGUUGAAGAAGUCUCUGAUGUAAUGCUUUAAACUGUUAAUGAAUUAAGAAACAUAAUUUCCAGUGAGAUAAGGAAACAGGGAAAGUCAAGAGAUGGAAGUGCACAUGAAAAUUAUAGAGGCUAAUACGGUGGAUCUCCUUAUGAAAGUAAUAUGAGAAAGAAUAAUGGAUUAGGGGGUAGAUAAUAGUAGUAUUAAACAAGCAGAAAUAAAUCUGGGUCAUCGAAUGAACUGAGAGGUAUGAAUGAAAACAUUUACAAUUAAAAGUAAAACAUGUAUGGAAACAACAACUAAACGCCUACAUCUGGAACUGAAAAGACAACAAUACCGAGAGGGGUAGCUAGCUUAUUUGGAAGAGAUGUUGAUCAAAUGACUGUAGCGAAAUCAUUCAUUACCUAAAAAUCUAAAUUAGGAAAUAAAGCAGCUUAAAUGAUGAUGAAUAAGACUAAUGUCAUUAAGGAUAAGAAGUUACUCAAUGAUGUAGUUUUGUAGGAUGAAAACAUCGAUUUGGAUAAGAUUAAAAAAUAUUUCGAAAAUGUAAUAAAUGAGAAGCACUUUUUGAAUAACUAUAGCAAAGCAAGAUUUAGAAAUUAAGCUGGAAUGAUUGCAGCUUCAGUAGAUAAUGAAAGCUUUCACUAGCAAAGAUAAUCUGAUGUUCAAAUAGCCAAGAAAUUUUUUCGAUAAGGCUUGACUAUUCUUCCACAAAAUCAAUUGAGGCAAGUCUAGGAAAAAGCAAGAAUGAUAAACCCUUAGAAAAAUAUUUAUUGGACUAAGAUGAAAAAAGAUAUCAAUAAAAGAGAAGCAAGCUAUUCUCCAGGAUAAAAUCAUAAUGAUGUAUUAGCUCAUUUGAGAAAAACUAAUUUUAGAGGAAGUAACUUAAAUGAUCUACACUCAAGCAGAGAUAAUCACUCAUCUGCAAUAGGAAAUAUGAUCUUUUAAGGAGUUGGUAGGCAGAAAACGGGCAUAAUCAAGGAACAUGAUCAUAUUUAAAUCUAUCGAGGCAAUGAUGUAAUCCCAACUAAUCAAGUCUACUAUUCUUAACAUGACUAUCGACAAGAAUAUAACAACUAGCAAGAAUCAAGUAUGAUACAGAAGGAUAGGCAAGUUAUUGAUAAAUCUAAGGGUGUUAUGUAACAUCAUUAACAAUAGAUGUAUAAUGAGUAUGGACAUGAGGCUCUAGACACGAAAGAGUUUAUUCCAAUUGGUAUGUAGUAACAUUCUUUGAACAAUCCAAUGAUAAAUAGUUUAGCCUAGAAAAUUGGUUAAGGCGCACUAAUGAAAGAAGGAAUCUUAGACAAUCCUGUAUAUAAGUAGAAUGUUUACUAUCCAUUCUUCAGUCAGAUCGAGAAGAAGAAGAAAGAAUUAGAGAAAAAUAACAAUCUUGUAGAUGGUCUCUAUAAGAAGAUCAAGGAGUAAUACACAGAUAGACUAGCGAACUUGAUUGUUAAUAAAUCUGAUUCCGAAGAAGUUAAAGCCAUUCUGGGUGAGUACUUUAUGGAACAUAUGGAUGCAAGUGAUGACUAAAAUGAGGGUAAAUAAAAAAGUAAAAACCGAGAAAACAAUAAGAGCUCACCUCGAGACAAUUCAAAGUAAAGAAUAAAGGGCUUCAAGUUUCAAAAGAGCGGUAAUGCAAAUAGGAGAAGAGAUGCACAUGGCUAAGAUUUGAUUGAGAAUCAGAUAUUAACUUUAAGAUAGAAGGGUAAAAUAAAUCCAGACUUAUUUAAAAAGACUAGUAGUGAACUAUCCUUGCAAAUUAAAAUCUAAUAGUCUUAAAAUAAAGAGAGAGAUAACCAAUAAUCUUUUGGCAAAAAAGAUAGAAAUCACUAUAAAGCUACUUAGAAUAAAAAAUACAAUCAUUAAAACCAAAUAGGAAGCCAGCUGGAUAAUAUAUAUGGCGAUGAUGAAGAUGAUGAAUUGUUGUUUCAAGGAGAUUUAAUAAAUCGUGGUCCAGAAAAUGAAUUUUCAGAUGAGAGUUUAUUCGGUGAAGAUUAAAUUAAGGAUCUUCUUGAGAAGAAAUAAAGCUUCUAGAGAUAGGCGAAUGCGGCAAGUACUAGUAAUUUUGGAGAAAGUUUUAUAAGAGAUCAGUAAAAUAAAAGUAGCAGUAGUCCACUCUAGCCUACCUCGUUUAUAAGAAGCAUUAAUGGUUAGAAAAAUUAUUACGGCGCAGGAGGAAAUGCAACUAAUAGAAACUCUCAAUAGCUAGAAGAAAUGAGCAAUAAUAUGAUAAAUAAUACAAACAAAGGUAUAGGCGAAAACAUAAAAAACUAAAAGUAUUGA